CUGUGCCAAAAAUCCAUCGCUUGUUUGUCUGAGCAGUGUAUCCGAUCGAAUUUUAUGUCAUAAAAAAUCAUUUUGCUGUAUUGUUGAAAACUAUAUCUAGAUAAUAUUGGGUUGAUUUUAAGCUAAAGUAAUAUUUUAAUUACAAAUCGUAGGGGCUUAUAGCUUUUAUUAUAGUGUGAUUGAUAGAACAACUAUGGACAUCGACACGGGUGGCAGGAGAUCCCGCUCACGCAGCAAAUCUGCGGACUCAAAGAUGUCGCAUGACGGAUCGACGCACUCACGCCGAACUUCCCGCUCGAAAUCUCGCUCCAAAUCUCGCAGCCGUUCGCGUUCCCGUUCCAAAUCCUCCUCAAAGUCCAGAUCCAGGAGUGGAUCCCGUGCCUCCUCCCGUUCUAGGUCGGGCUCUCCUAAAUCAGCUCGAUCAGGAUCUCCAGCUAAAUCGCGGAGCAGCAGUCCAGCGAAAUCGAGGUCCAGGAGCGGUUCCCGGGCUCGCUCGCGAUCUAGAAGCGGUUCACGAGCGCGUUCCCGCUCUAGAAGUGGCUCUCCAGCCAAAUCGAGAUCCCGUAGCGGAUCUCCAGCAAAAUCCAGGUCCAGAAGUCGUUCCAAAAGUGGUUCUAGGUCACGAAGUGGCUCCAGAGCUAGAUCUGGCAGCGGUUCGCCCAGACGAUCUCGUUCCAAGUCCGGAAGUCGUUCUGUAGCAAAGUCAAAGUCUAAAAGUAAAUCCAGGUCGCGAAGUGGAACGCCUAAAUCUAAGUCUAGAUCGAGGAGCCGGUCUGGUUCGCCAGGGAAAAUGGAGAUAGAUGAGCAGAAGGCGAGGUCCCGAAGUGGGUCCAGAGCCAAGAGCGCGGGCAGCAAGAGGUCAAGGUCUAAAUCUGCAUCGAAAUCACCAGCUAGGUCUCGUGCCAGCCGGUCCCGUUCCCGAUCGGGAUCACGUCGUUCUAAAUCCAAAUCCAAAUCCCGCUCUAAAUCUCGUUCCAAAUCUCGUUCCAAAUCUCGUUCCAAAUCUCGCUCCAAAUCUCGUUCUAAGUCACGCUCUCGGUCUAAAUCGGCUGAAGGAGCUGGCAAAAGAAAAAGUCGCUCGCGUUCACGCUCGGGAUCACGUAAAUCCGCAUCUCGCGCUCGUUCCGGCUCUCGCUCGAAAUCCCGCUCUAAAUCUCGUUCUAAAUCCCGCUCUAAAUCUCGCUCGCGAUCUCGUUCAAAAUCCGGAUCACGUUCGAGAUCGCGCUCGGGUUCGCGUUCGAAGUCCCGCUCCAAGUCCGGCUCCAGAUCGAGAUCUCGUUCUGGUUCUGCUAAAUCAAAGUCUAGAUCCCGUUCCCGCUCAAAAUCUCGGUCAAGUUCGCGUUCCGGAUCGGUGUCUCCAUCUCGCAGAGCCAAGAAACGUCGCACAGUCCGCCUCGACUCAGACGACGAGGGCGAACCCAAGCGCGCCCGAGUCGAAGGGGAGGGAGAAGGAGAAGGGGAGGAUGCGCCAGGAGAGGAGGGGGGAGAGAGGCCAGAAGCCUCUCAGACUGCAAUCGAUGCUGAUUCAUCCGACGAUGACAUCGCACCGGAUUCUAAGAGCGCUGAAAUGUCCUCCGGCAUGUCCGACUUCGACAUAAUGUUGGCACGCAAGCGAGAGGAGAGACGCGGCAAGCGGCGGCGCAGAGACAUUACCAUCAUCAACGACAAUGAUGACCUCAUCGCGCAGCUUCUGCAGCAGAUGAGGGUUGCAGCCGACGAGGACCGGGACCUCAACAAGAGGAACCAACCUGCUGUUAGAAAGGUGUCGAUGCUGAAGCAGGCGAUGUCGCAGCUGAUCAAGAAGGACCUGCAGCUGGCCUUCCUGGAGCACAACGUGCUGAACGUGCUGUGCGACUGGCUCGCGCCCAUGCCCAACCGCGCCCUGCCCUGUCUGCUCAUACGCGAGAGCAUACUCAAGCUGCUCAUGGACUUCCCAGCAAUAGACAAGUCCCUGCUCAAACAGUCUGGCAUAGGAAAAGCGGUGAUGUACUUAUACAAGCACCCGAAGGAGACGAAGGCGAACCGCGAGAGGGCAGGACGACUCAUCUCGGAGUGGGCUAGACCUAUAUUCAACCUCUCCACUGAUUUUAAAGCGAUGACCCGCGAGGAGCGCCAGGCGCGGGACGAGGCCAUGGCGGGCUCCCGGCACAACAAGCCGCCGCCGCGGGACGAACACGCCGACAGUAAGGCGCGCCGGCCCGGGGACGCGGGCUGGGUGUCCCGCGCCAGAGUGCCGCUGCCCUCCAACAAGGACUACGUCUACCGACCCAAGUCCACCAGCGACGUCGACAUGUCGCGGCCUGCUAAAAAGAAAAUGACCCGAUAUGAGAAACACAUGAAGCGAUUCAUAGAUCAGAAACGGAUGAAGAGCGGGUCGCGGCGGGCCGUCGAAAUAUCCAUCGAGGGCCGCAAGAUGGCGUUAUAAUGUACCACAAAUGACCCAAUACUGUACAUUACCGGAAUUAACUCUCAAGCCGUCUCCAACGAGACGCGGCGGGUCGUGUUGAUUUUACUCAUGGUGGGUCAUUUUUGACCCCCAUAUAAUCGAUAUGGGUUGUGUUUGCAUCCCGAUUAUCGGUAGAUAAAUUGUGUCGGAUGUGAAUGCAAUAGCUGUGUAAGCUGGGUCAAUUUGGCCCACGGGUCAUUUUUGACCCAUUAUCUUGUAUAUAAGCGACAUAUUAUAUAAAUUGGAGAGCAAUAUUAGAAUCGCAAAAGCAUGUGCUACUUAAGAACACCUUUCGUCGUCAAUGUUUAAAAGUGGGUCAUGUCAACCAUAUGAUUUGGAGCGAAGUUUGGGCCUGUACGGACUGCUUUGUCUAUAUAAAGUAUCCAAGCAUUGUGUUCCGUUUAAAAUGACAGUAAUAAUUACUGAGCAUUGCAAGACUUAACUAUCUUAGAGGAAAGCAAUAGAGUGUCCUGGAAUGUUUUAUUCGGUUGUACUACUUUGAAUUUAUACUGUCAGGCGAGCUCUCUGCUCGUUUUAACCGACUUCAAAAAAGGAGGAUUCAAUUCGACUAUUUUUUUCCCACAAACAGGGCCCUUGCUACCGCCGUCUCAGUGAUAUGGGGCCCCCGAGCUUUAGAGGUUCCUCUUGACCCAUACCUAUAUUAGAGCGCCCAGAAAUUCGUACUGUCUUAAACUACUAAAAUUUUUAUAUAAGGCUCCUGUAUGGCAAACUACGCCACACAAUCUAAGCGACAUAACAAUAAAGACUGGCAACGGUUGCCGUAAUGUUAAGCAGAAGACGCUUAUGUGAUUGGUAUUUCAAGUCUUAUAAUUAGUAUGUAAGUACGAGAUUGAUAAAUAAACAAUACUUAUUAUUUUGUUGUACUA